AUGGCAGACGAGGGCAUGGCCGACGUUGGACUACUUUCACGCAGUCCAGGUUUCCGCAUGGGGUUUAGCGUCACAGGCUCACCGCCUACCCAGACCGACCGUAGUCUCAGGGGUCAAAAGUUGCAAACCAACCUGGUUACCUGCCCAUCCGCUCGCCAUCCAUGGAUCCAAAUCCCGCAGGUCGUGUUUCGUGUUUCAUCGGCGCGGAGCCCUGCAUUAUCAUUUAUCCCCUUUGCAUGCUCGUGCUCCCUCCAACAAGUCGUUACGCUCCCGAGUAUACGCAAGGCAUAUCCCCCACUCUCCCUUGGGCAUGUGACGGUGUUCGCAACAUUGAACGCCCGUUCAGACACUUCCCUAGUGCUGGGAAGCAUUCCCGCAUCCACCGUACCCAAGUGCAAUCUUACACGUUUUCCUUCUUACAAUUAUUCAGAGAUCACUCAGCGCAAUUUGCCAAGUUGA